UUAUUAUUAUUAUAAGAAAAAAGGUUUCUUUAAACUGGUGACUUACUGCAGAAAACCUAGUCAAAGACAACCUUUUUAACCUUUCCUGUGAAUGUUUUUGUUUGAUUCUUUGUUGAAAUUUGUCCUCGUGAAUGGCAUAGUUGAAAUUUGGUGCUUCAGUGAUCAGUCAAAUGUUUUAGUAUUGUAGCAUUUAUUAAUAUAGUAGAGCCUCGAUAAAUUUUUAAUUUCACAUAAAUAAUAAUUUCUUUCGGUCCCGGCUCGGUAAUUGUGUACUAAAUACUGGUUCAAUAUUUUGAUAUUUCGCUGAAUUAAUCAUAGAAGUUUAAGUUGUUUUAGCUGGCAAUACAAGAAUCAAGAAAACUAUUAGGCCAAAAUGACAAUUAUUUAAGAACGGAUGAAGUAUCUAUCUCUAAGGCACUUGAUCCAAAUUCUUUUUUUAUUUUUUUUCUGCUUAUAUUAUUUGUUUAAUUUUUUAAAAUGAUUUUCGACGUCAUAUCAAACUUCGUUGAUGUUACGUCGAAACGUCAUUGUUGCAUGCAGGAGCCCUUAUUUUUUUUUGGCUAUUUUUGCAUAAUUGAAUGAUUUAAAAAAAACUAACUCUUAAGUCUAUAAUCAAUGUUAACAUGCCUUUCUUGGCCUUUUAUGCCGCCUAGUGAAUUAUAAAAUUAAAAAACAAUUAAAAAAUGAAAAAAUGAAAAAAAAAUUGACCAAUUCAGAGGAGAAUUGAUAAAUCAACCAUGAAUAAUAAUAUGCAAUAUAAUUAGCCGGCUAGAACAUCAUUUUUUGUCUAAAUUAAUACAAUUUUAAUACUGACCAGCUUCUUUAUUUGGAAUAUAACUGCAGUUUCAUGCAGAAUCAGAAACAAAAUAUGUUCCUAUGAGCCAAUAUAUAUAGGUUAACAAAAACCCGUUAAAAUCUUGCAAGAAAUUGAGAAAAAAAAGUAUGGCAAACCGACAAGCAUUUUCACCAGCUUCACCGCCUACAGUAUUAGGACAUGGUAAAUCUGUUUCGAACAAAACAACUGUACUAGGUGUUCUUGUCAUUGUCAUUGUAAUACUUUUCGUCGGAGGCUGGUUUUGCUUCUGUUUCAGAAAAAAACUUCGAGCCAAUUUCUGCAGGUUAUUUUGGAAGCAAAAAGGAAAGCUAGAGGCGGAGAAGAUGAAUUUAAGGUGUUUUCGUAUGGAAGAACUGCAAAAGGCCACAGACAAUUUCAGCGAAGCUUGCAUGGUUGGUAAGGGUGCGUUUGGCAACGUUUAUCGAGGUACGUUUGAUACGGAGGGGAUUACUCUGGCAAUCAAGAAACCUCAUGCUGAAUCAUAUAUAAGCACUGAAGAAUUCAGAAACGAGGUGAAGUUGCUAUCGAAAGUAAAGCAUGAAAAUCUUGUCGGACUUGUGGGGUUCUGUGAAGGAAAUGGUAAAGGGCCGAAUGCUGCAAAAAUUCUUGUUUAUGAGUAUGUGACUAAUGGCUCACUACUAGACUACAUUAUCGGAAGGGGAGGAAGUAUUUUAACUUGGAGGGAAAGAGUAAAUAUAGCCAUUGGAGCAGCUAAAGGGAUAGCCCAUCUGCACGAAGAGAUUAGCCCGAGUAUAAUCCACCGUGAUAUAAAACCGAGUAAUAUAUUAAUCGGAGAUGGAUUUGAGGCCAAGGUAUCAGAUUUUGGGCUCGUUCGAUCGGGUCCAGACGGGGAUAAAUCACACGUUACGAGUCAGUUAAAAGGGACACCUGGCUAUAUGGACCCCGCUUAUUGUUCGAGCUUCCAUUUGACUCCGUUUACCGAUGUGUAUAGUUUUGGAGUGAUACUUCUUCAGCUUGUUACCGCUAGGCCUGCGGUCGAGUCGAGUAGGAGUAGUACCCAUUCUCAUAUCAUUCAUUGGGCAAGCCCUAGCAUCGAGAAAGGUAGGGUUGAAGACAUAAUCGAUACAAAUCUUCUAGUACAAGGGUGCAACAUGGAAAUAAUGCUAAAAAUCGGACAACUUGCUCUUAGAUGUGUGGUGAAAGAGCCCAAAGAAAGGCCUACAAUGACACAAGUGUGGGAAGAACUCGAACAAGCCCUAGAAUCGGCCGACGGCUUAUUAUUACCAAUCGCGAGCGAUCACCGUCCAAUGUUAAGCGUCCGCACAAAUAAUUAUGACCGACCAAUCACGAGUAGCCGGAGUAUUCCCCAACCGUCCGAUCACGAUUACUCUCAUAGCAUUGAGAGAUUUGAUGUAGAUGUUGAUGGUCUGUCUUUCCACAGUGCUAGUUUGAGGUGUUUGAGUAUUAGUGUCGACGAUGAUUUUAGCAUCCCUCGGUAGUUUCUUUAUGUGUACAUGAUGUUUCUUUGUCGGCUAAUUCAAUUUUGAAAGGGUAAAUUACAAA